GAGGCGUGUCUGCAGACCUGCUGCAGGUUAUUAUUGCUAAACCAGGUCAGUUGACUUUAACUCGCAGCAAUGGCUCUCUACAAGGUGGUUUGUGUGGCUGCUCUGCUGACUCUGCUGACCCAAGAUUCGGCUUCACAGCUGUCAGACUGUGGUCGGCCACAGCUGAACACCAGGAUCGUUGGAGGACAGGCAGCUCCUGCUGGCAGCUGGCCCUGGCAGGUCAGUCUGCACAGAUCGUCUCACUUCUGUGGAGGAUCCCUGAUUAACAACCAAUGGGUUCUGACUGCGGCUCACUGCGUCCCAACUGGAAAUCCAACCGGUAUCACAGUCUAUCUGGGCCGUCAGAGUCAGCAGGGAUCCAAUCCCAAUGAAGUCAGACGGACAGUAGCGACGAUCAUUGUUCAUCCAGACUACAACGAAAAGACCAGCAACAAUGACGUUGCUCUAAUGAGGCUCUCCUCAGCCGUUACUUUCACCAGCUACAUCUCACCCAUCUGCCUGGCGGCCUCUGACAGCACCUUCUACAGCGGCACGGACUCCUGGGUCACCGGCUGGGGGAACGUUGGAUCUGAUGACCCUCUUCCUUUUCCUCAAAACCUGAUGGAGGUGGAGGUGCCAGUCAUUGGAAACAGGCGGUGUAAAUGUAGCAACUAUGAAGUGAGCACCAUCAAUGACAACAUGAUCUGUGCAGGACUCCUGGAAGGAGGAAAGGACUCGUGUCAGGGGGACUCAGGGGGGCCAAUGGUGAGCAAACAAAAUGGCCGCUGGAUUCAGUCCGGAAUUGUGAGUUUUGGUAUUGGCUGUGCUCUGCCGGAUUACCCGGGAGUCUAUGCAAGAGUCUCCCAGUAUGAAGCCUGGAUCAAAGCCCAAAUCAGCAGCAACCAGCCGGGAUUCGUCACUUUCACGUCUCCUGGCACGGACAGUGACCUCAGCAUCUCCUGCAGCGGUGUGCCACCAGUCACGACCCCCGCACCACCCUUGUAUUGUGGCCGGGCCCCAUUGAAUUCUGGGUUGGAUGGCAGUUCUGUGGCGACAGCUGGUCAGUGGCCCUUCAUGGCAAGCCUGCUAAAGAAUGGACAGCAUGUGUGUGGAGGAACCCUGGUGUCGAUGGACUAUGUUCUGAGCAGUGCUGACUGCUUCUCAAGUCCACUCAACGUGUCUGAGUGGAUGGUGGUGUUGGGUCGUCUGAGGCAGAAUGGAUCCAAUCCUUUUGAGAUGUCUCUGAAUGUGUCAGAGGUCUCUCUGAGCAACCUGUCAGAUCCCAACGUCGCAUUGCUUCGACUAUCCACCCAACCAACCCUAAGCAGCUACAUCCAGCCCAUCUGCCUGGACAACGGCAGAAGCUUCCCGGUCGGAUCUACAUGCUGGGCAACUGGGUGGAGCUCUGGGAGAGGAGGAGAGGAAGAAGUUCUGCAGGUGUUUAAAGCUCAGGUCCAGAGCUGUGGUAACAGGACCUCAAAUGAGAGCAUUUGUACGGAGCAGUUUCCUCUGCAGCAGGGUGACUCUGGAGGUCCACUCAUGUGUGAACAGGACGGUGCUUGGUUCCAGGCAGCAGUGGUGCUUCCAGCCAACGCCUCCGCCGUCCUAAAUCGAGAGGAUUCUGUGAUGCUCUUCAACAAACUCAGUCGAUAUCAGAAUUUCCUGACUGAGAAACUUGGGACGUUUUUAUCCCCAGAGCCCAGCGCUAACAGUACAUCAUCCAGCGGAAGCUCUCAGGCUCAUUUCUCCUUGUGUUUCCAUCUCCUCAACUUUGUCUUAUUUCUGCCUCUCUUUUCAUAGAGAUGCCUAAAUCCAUGAUGAAGGACAAAGAUCUCCUGAAUCUCUGUCUGAUUAUAGAUAUUCAAAGAGUUUUUCUGUGGCCUGAUUCUCGAGAUGAUCUUUCUGAUCUUACAUCCAUUACAACUGAUUCUGUUUGGACAGUUUUACAGAAAAGAAAACAUUUUAAUGUUUCAGUACUUCCCCACAUGUUGUUUUUUGUUUUUCGGGUUGAUAGACAUAAUGUGUGAAUUUUCUGGCUGUAAGACAAACUGAGGAAAAGAUAGAAGAGUUUAACUAAAAACUUAGAUUUUAUGAUUUUAUGUGAUUUUCUGCUUGUUUAACUUGGUGAAAAUGAAGGUUUUAAAAAGUGUCAAUGCUUUUUAUUGCUGCUGUAAAGUUUACCAAUAUGUUGAAAAAGUAGCUUAAGUUGAAGAGUGAAAUAAGUUCAUAAGCAAAAUACAUCAAGAGAUUAAUUUUAAUGUCAGAAGUCUGAUUGGUUAAAUAUGUUCAUUUAAUCUGAAUUACUGUGACGAUGCACUUAUUAUGCACAAUAUAGCUUGAUAAAGAUAAUUCUAAUGACAUUAUAAUGAUAAUUCUUAACAUGGUGUGGUGCUUGUAAAUUAACUGAUUGGUUUGGGGAGUUUUAUGGUGUAUAUUGUUUACAUAAUUAUA